GUAGAAAACCCUGUCGAUUCUUGGAGAGUAAGAGAAUGAAAAUGCUAUAUUCAGUACAACAUGUUGUGUCAGUUGUCAAAAUUUUGCUUUUGUAUGUCUCUAAAAACGGGAAGUUUCAUGGUUGGAGCAUGGACGUUGUUUACAGCUGCACUCAUGAUAUCUUUACAAGUGAUUAAUGUACUUUCACUUCAAUACCUUACUAAUUCUCAAAUAAAACAUGGAGGAAUAAACGUUGAAUACAGAAAGAUUUUUUCGUGGAUUGAAAUUAUUUUGGGUUUCGCGCAAGUUGCCACUUCCUGUCUUCUUCUCUUUGGAGUGAUGAAGGAAAAGCGAAAGCUCCUGAUUCCAUACGCUGUGGGAGUGUCAUUGUAUCAAAUAUUUGACUUUUCCUCGUUGAUGUUUUAUAUUGCAAAGCGUACAAAGAUGGAACCUUCAAUUUGGUUACCUGAUGCAACAAUGAUGUGUAUUAAUGUGUAUUGCAUUAUAGUAGUUUCGUCUUACUAUAAGGAAAUGAAGGCCAAAGAAAGAUGGACGCGAAUUGUUUCAUUGGACUCCAUAGAAUGAAAUGUUACUGCAGUAGAAAGAUAUUAUGACUUUAACACGAAUUCCCUGACAGGGAAUUUAUCUUUGAACUGAUAGAAAAUUUAUUCAUAUCUAAUAAAUUGCUGCUGCCUCCAUGAAUGAGCCCACACGCAGUAGCGAAGCUAGCCCUUUUUUUACCAUUGGUUUUUACUCCUACAAUGCAAAUAUUUUUGUGUUCAAUCACUGAUAAAACAAUGAAAGCAAUUUGGAUUAAUUUUCUAAAGAAAUGAAUAAUAAUUUUGCUGAAAAAUUUGCAUUGUAGGAGCAAAACAGCGGCUGGCUUCGUCACUGGCCACAAAUUUGUACAGUAGAUAGUCUUCCAAAUUUCUAAUAGCUGCGGCAGAUUAACUGGUAAUGUUUACUUGGAGUUAUGGUAUUUUUAUAUAUGACUGGCAAAAAGUUGCUGAAGCAUUUACGUUAUUUUCUAAUGUGUUUUUACCUAGUGCCUUGAAGUGUUUUGGUUUUGAAAACUUGCUAGAAAUUAUCAAUAAACAUCUUAAAAUUGA